CCAAGCUGGAACUCUGCACAUCUGGUCAUGCGUCUUGCUUGUAGUAGUAUGAGUACUUCCCAUUUAUUUCUUUUUACCCAUUUAUGCUUUGUGGGAUACUGAACCCAAGGAACAUUACUGAACGAAAGAGGAAACCCAAAUUCUCCAGGGAGGAAUUGGACAUUCUGGUCACUGAAGUGACAUGGAACGAAGCCAGGCUGUUUGGAAGGGAGACAAUACGUCUAUCCCAUACAGACAGGGAAAAGAUCUGGGAAGGUAUAGCCAGAAAGAUCACAUCGGUGAGCCGAGUCCCCAGGUCUGUGAAAGAUAUUAAGCAUAGAUGGGAUGACAUGAAGAGAAGGACCAAAGACAAACUGGCGUUUAUGCAGAGGUCCCUCUCCAGUCCCAGCAGCCUGGGGAGGCCCUCGGCCAUUGUCCUGACCGCCCACGAGAGAGCCAUCAAGUCGACACUGCAUUCAUCACACCACAUACGCGGCUUCCGGAGAGCGGAUCUGGACGUGGUUGACAGCCCAUCAACCAGCUGCGUUGAAGCUGAGGAAGUCCCAGGCCCUUCGUGUCAACAUGGCUUUUCAUCACUACAGAAGGAAACAGGAAAAAACGAUCAUCUCUCCAUACCAUCUUUUCUUAAUUCCUCAUCUCUAUUGGAUCACUCUGCUUUUAUUAGUCAAAGGCAAAAAUCAAAGCACCCAAAUUCAUGUUUCCCUUCCACCAGUAGGCCUUCUCAGCCAUAUGCUCAUAGUCCACCUUUCUGUGGCUUUGGUGAUCAGCUGCUUGACACCCAUCUGCCAAAGAAUGACUUAUUCAGACAGUUUUGUCACGAGUUGGUAGCAAUCCACAGAAACAUGGCAAAUAGCAUGCAUGUAAUCAGCCAGAAUGUGUCUGAUCUAACUGGACAGGUUAUCCAGAUGUGCCAGACCUUGACUAAAAUGAAGAGUGAGCUUCAAAAUGUGCACAGUGGUCAGGUCUCUAACAGUAGGCAGGGGGCUAACCAGCAGACUACAGCAUCAGAAAGCCCUUCUGAACUUAAGGUAGUGCUUAACCAAAGUUAUCCCAAGCAAACUCCUCUUGUUCGGACUACUAGGUCACGAAAGAGAAAGCACCAUUGCUAGUGCCCUUAACAUUAACCCGAAACAACAUUAACUGCUGUUGCAUUAAGAAAUGCUAUUGAGUAUGAUUAUUGGGAAAGUCCGUCAGAGUUCCCUUUAAGAGUGAUAUAAAUUAUGGCACCUCAAAAGUAGGCUUGAAAAUAUAGUGCCUAACGUGUCGAACAUGCUUUGGAAAUAAAUUAAUAAUAAAUAAUGAAAUUUGAGGGCCGCAGAUGGUUCUCCCUCAAUACAAAACCUAGGCGCAUACAGAUUGGUUUCCUUGGCCUUAUGAUUUAUUGCACUUAAAAUAAUUGUGCAAUUUACGAAAUGUAUUUUUCUCCCUAUCUCUGGUCAGCCUUUCACUCCAUUUACUAUCUUCCCACAACAGAGUCUCUCCUUCUUCUACCAGAUCUUAAACCUCUUUUCCAACAAUGUACAUCUCUCAUUUGCCUUCUGCUGCCAGAUUUUAAAGUCCUUUCCCAAUAAUUCACAUUUUCCCCACUCUCUUUCUGCUGUCAGAUUAUAAACCCUUUUAAUGCACGUCUUUCCCAUUCUUUUUCUGCUGCCAAAUUUUAAACCCCUUUCCUUCCAAUAAGGAGUUUAAAAACUGUCUUGAGUCUUUGUAGUGGGAAAGUGGGAAAAUGAAUGAUGGGCUGGGGCUUUUGAUUGGAAAGGAAUUUGUAGCAUAUAUAGUUUUGAGGGAGGGGCUUAUGAUGUUUACCAUUUUUUCACUUUUGCACUUUGGGAGAACCUAACCUCAUUGAAUGUGGAAGGCCAACUAUAUAAAAAAUAUUUGUUAAAAAACAAGCAAAUGGCCUCUUACUGAAUUUCCUAUAUAUACGUUCUCAGGUGUUAAAGUCAUAGAAAAAUAUUCAUUUCAGGUAAUAUACUAUUGUAAUACAUUAAAAUAAGUCCAAAUAACACUUCCUGAAAAUCGGUUGCAUUGAAAUCAUGUAUUUAACCUGUAACAACGCGUCUUCAAGAAGGGUUGGCCCUGGACAGCCUUUUUUUAUAUAACUGCAAUUUUUCAAGACAAUAUUACUGCAGUAUAUCUACUGUCUAUAGCAGUGGUUCUCAACCUGUGCGUCCCAGGUGUUUUGGCCUACAACUCCCAGAAACCCCAGCCAGUUUACCAUCUGUUAGGAUUUCUUGGAGUUGAAGGCCAAAACAUCUGGGGACCCACAGGUUGAGAACCACUGCUGUACUGUAUCAAAAACUUCCUGUGAGAACUGUGGAAUGAGUUGUUUUUGCAAAAGCAGCGGAAGCAAUCUCAAACAUUGCUUUUGUAACACCAGUUUUGCCCUCCUGAUGUCUUCGGAAUGGCUGUUUUAUUUAUAAUGGCAGUUAUAUUAGAUGCAAUUCUGUCUUUGUGAUAGCACAGAUUUGCUUGUUUUCUUUACUAUUUAAGAUAGUGACAAGCAAAUGGAGAUAAAAGUUUUCACUUAUCACCCCAAAGUGAUAUGUGGAAACUCUCAAAUCCAUCUCCAGUGUAUCUCAGCUGGGCCUCUAUGGACAUUUUGAAUCAAAUAACCAUUACAUUUCUUUAAAGUGUAGAAUACUUGAUCUGCAGGUGCACCAUACCUGCACCUCUUCUGCUACUACAUGUAAAAUAUAAUUCACCACAAAAAUCAUAUAAAAUGAUAAUGCCCUUAAAGGACAACUGCAGAAAAGCAUAGUCUUUAAAGCCCUGUUUGUAGCAAGCAUAAGAUAAACAUAGUGAGACUGUGACCAGACUGACUUUACACGCAUUAUCACAGAGGAAGCUUUUUGACAUCAAAGAGGAAUCCGUGUGACCUAAGAUACAUAUCAAGAUUGUAUGAUUUAACCCCAUUAAGCAUUUAUAUAGAUUUUGAUCCAGGUAUAGCAUGAGCUAAUUGCAAGUUAAUGUGAAGUAAAUAAUGAAGGUCUUAUGCUUGAGGCAUUCCACCUCCAAAGUAAAGCAAUUAGGCUGUUAGCUUCACAAAACUUCAUUUUGCUAAUUAACUCUGAAAAGUAUACAUUUUAAUGAUACAUGGAUUGAAUAAAGCAAGUGCCAUUAUUAACUCACCACUGAUGUCUUGAGUCGCCCCACCAAGAUUUAUUUGCAUGUUAAACUUUUGUCGAGUGAAGUGGGUUAUACAUUCCACAAUUAAAAAAUUUAUGUGGUAUAUGAAAUGCUUUUUUGUAUCACCCCACUAGGAACCUUUCGUUUUAUGUGAUGGUUUAAAAAUAUGGCAUAUUAUAAAUGCCCUGAUUAUAUUGCUGUGCUUGACUUGGUGCUAUUUAAAUAUGGUGGAAAUAUAUCUUUAUGGCUACUUUUGCUAACAAUAAAUGUGUAAUGCUUACAUCUCA